UUUUAUGGUAUCAUUGCAGUCUGCUUUACACUGGGGAGCCAAGCAUGGAAAGAAAGAAAUGAUCAGAAUGGUAGUGGAUAAAGGCCUUGAUGUCAACAUUAGAUCGCAAGGGGGAUACACACCUCUUCAUGUUGCAGCGAUGCACAACAAGGAAGCCAUCAUGCAGUUCCUUGUAUCCGAGUAUCAUGCGGACAUCAACAAGCGAGACUUCAGCGGCCGCAAGCCCCGGCACUACCUCCAGAGUUCUUCCUCCAACUACAUCAAACAAAUGAUGUUUGGACAGUCCACAGCGGAAGUAAUCCAACCCCACACCCUCGCGUCACUGGCUGAACCAAAGCAAGAAGAGAAGCGUCAUUCCAAGAUAGGCUCCCUCCUACGCUCUUCCUUCAGGCAUUCCUUCAGACUUUGGGGAUCAGCGGAGAAUCUUGAAGACAAAGAUCACAAGAGGGAUAGGACGCCCCCUGUGACCCCGCCCCCUUCACCUAGGAGCAGACCAAAGAAUAGUGUCAAUCAUAGCCAGUCUUUGUUGAUGCCCCCUCCCUCAGGUUACACUGUACCUAACAGGAGUAGAAAAUUAAGGAGUUCAUCAGAUAAAGACAGAUCUGAGACGAUGAGAAAAAGUGAAUCUGAUCCUGAUAUGAUGGUGGAGACUACACCUACUACCUAUGUCUGAGCUGGUUAUCAGAAUAACAAAGGCCCCGUGCACACUUUCAACAAAUCAGUUUUCAUUAAAUAUGAAA